AGGCAGCACACGUGACUCAUACAUGUCACUAUACUGAGCGGUGCUGAGGGUACGUGCUAGCUUGUUAGUGACACACAAGCACAUUGACAUCGACGGGAUAGAAAAGAUCACAACAAGAUGUCUGAGCACGACGUUGAUAAUGAGCUUCUGGACUAUGAGGAGGAUGAGGAGCCCCAGGGAGCCCCCGAGAGUGCGACCCCAGCCAGCAAGAAGGAGGUGAAGGGGUCUUAUGUGUCCAUCCACAGCUCUGGCUUUAGAGACUUUCUUCUCAAACCAGAGCUGCUCCGUUCCAUUGUUGACUGUGGUUUUGAACAUCCCUCAGAAGUUCAACAUGAGUGUAUUCCUCAAGCUAUUUUGGGAAUGGACAUCCUCUGUCAGGCCAAGUCUGGCAUGGGAAAGACAGCUGUGUUUGUUCUUGCCACUCUGCAGCAGAUAGAGCCUGUGGAUGGACAGGUGUCCGUCCUUGUGAUGUGCCACACACGAGAGCUGGCCUUCCAGAUCAGCAAAGAGUACGAGCGCUUCUCCAAGUACAUGCCCACUGUCAAGGUGUCCGUGUUCUUCGGAGGCCUCACCAUCAAGAAGGAUGAGGAAGUCCUGAAGAAGAAUUGCCCUCACAUUGUCGUGGGAACUCCAGGCCGUACCCUGGCCCUCAUCCGCAACAAGAGCCUGAGCCUGAAGAACAUCAAACACUUUGUGCUUGAUGAGUGUGAUAAGAUGCUGGAGCAGCUGGACAUGAGGAGUGAUGUUCAGGAAAUCUUCAGGCUGACACCCCAUGAGAAACAGGUUAUGAUGUUUAGUGCAACACUAAGCAAGGAGAUCCGCCCAGUCUGCCGCAAGUUCAUGCAGGAUCCCAUGGAGGUAUUUGUGGAUGAUGAGACCAAGUUGACGCUCCACGGCUUACAGCAGUAUUACUGCAAACUGAAGGACAGCGAGAAGAACCGCAAGCUCUUUGACCUGCUCGAUGUGCUCGAGUUUAACCAGGUGGUCAUCUUUGUGAAGUCGGUGCAUCGCUGUGUGGCAUUGUCCCAGCUGCUGGUGGAGCAGAACUUCCCUGCCAUUGCCAUACACCGGGGCAUGGCGCAGGAGGAGAGGUUAUCCCGGUACCAGCAGUUUAAAGACUUCCAGCGGCGCAUCCUGGUAGCAACAAACCUUUUUGGUCGCGGUAUGGACAUCGAGCGAGUCAACAUCGUCUUCAACUAUGACAUGCCAGAGGAUUCAGACACAUACCUUCACAGAGUGGCCCGUGCUGGCAGGUUUGGGACCAAAGGCCUGGCUGUCACCUUUGUGUCAGAUGAGACUGACGCCAAAACCUUGAAUGAAGUCCAGGACCGGUUCGAGGUCAAUGUAGCAGAGCUCCCAGAGGAGAUUGAUAUCUCUUCCUACAUUGAACAGUCCAGAUGAGUGCGUUUCCAAUGAUGACUGCGUUGCCCUUGGUGUUGUAUUUUGGUGACGGACAAAUAAGACCUCAACAUUACUUUUAAGUCAUAGUCCCACCGUAUGUGUUGGCAAGUUGAUAAUGA